CUCCCAGUCACACCCGAACUGCGCCAGGAUGAAGUCCAAGCCCGACGGAUUCACCUCCGACCUGGACGACCUGGACACCGGCACGGACAGCUCCACCGGCGGCUGCAGCCCGUGCAGAGAACCGGGGGAGGAAGAAGAAGAAGAGGAAGAGGAAGAGGAGGAGGAGGGGGCUACUGGAGGCGGUGGCUCUAGACGCAGGAGAAGGCGCAGACGCAGCAGCGGCAGCGGCGCAGGGAGAAGAGCCGGUGGAGAGGUGCAUGUACCCGGAGUCAGCAAGCAGAGGCAGGCGGCCAACGCGCGGGAGAGGGACAGGACGCACAGCGUGAACACAGCCUUCACGGCUUUACGCACGCUUAUUCCCACCGAGCCCGCCGACAGAAAGCUCUCCAAGAUAGAGACGCUGCGUCUGGCCUCCAGCUACAUCUCCCACCUGGCCAAUGUGCUGCUGCUGGGGGAGGACUGCAGGGAUGGACAGCCCUGCGUCCGCUACCAGAGCAUCCUGCACGGCUCCUCUGCGCUCAGCACGCCCUCCCUGCGGCCCAUCUGCACCUUCUGCCUCAGCAAUCAGAGGAAGCUGCUCAGAGAUGGAGGGAAGCACUCAGCUGCUAUGUGA